AUGGCUGCUGGGCUCCUCAUCACCAGGGCGGGGUGGGAUUGUUCUGAUACCAACUCUGAGACUUUUCUCCAAAUUGUUGGAAGACAGGUGAGAGGCUGUUCCUACACCAAUGAGGAACAGGCCAUAGGAAACUCUGACCCCAACCUCCAGACCCCAUCUAGCCCAGCUGUUGUUCCCAUUCACCACCUGCCCCCACCAGCAGUUAGUGCCAGGUUUGACUCAGCUGAGGACACUCAAGUGACCUUCGAGGACAUGGUUGUGGAUUUCACCCAGGAGGAGUGGGGGCAACUAGAGCCUGCCCAGAGGACCCUGUACCAUGAUGGGAUGCUGGAGACCUUCACACUGCUGGUCUCUGUAGGACACUGGUUCCCAGGGCCAGAGGUCCUCUUCCUGCUGGAGCAGGAGGCCAAGCUGUGGGCAGUGGACUCUGGAGAUCCCCAAGGCAUGUGCCCAGGUGAGACAGAGCCUUGCAGGGCCUGUCCACCUGCACCUCCAGGUUUCUCUCUCUCUCUCUGCUUUCUAGUUCUGCACAGUAGAUCGGCUGCUCUCCAAGUGAACACCCACCCAGCACUCCUGGCCAUGAGACUGAGUUGCCACCGUCAGGGCACCUACAGUCUGGGGGAGGGGCAGACAGUACAGCGGUGACAGCAGUGUGAGAUGACUACAGGUUGUGCGAGUGCCCAGAAAUGAAAGCAGGAAGGCAGUGGGAGGACAGCAGGAGGAUGGACAGCUUCAGGGAGGGGUGGGAGCCAGAGCCUGGGCUAGACAUCUGAGCGAGCAGCAUUCCAGGCAGAGGAACCCAAGUGACACAUCAGACAGCUCUGUGUGAUGUCAGUUUAAACCAGUGUCCUUUAUUGGCUGGUCAAGGGCCCAGCACUGCCUGGGUCAUUCUGCUCUUUGUCCUUUUGCUCUGCUUCUGGGUUCAGCGAGCAGUGUGCAGGAGGUGGGUGUGUCCAGGCCCUAUCUGAAGAGUGGCUUGUCACCAAGUUCUGAGAGGCUUGGCCAGUGUGGGAGGGUCACAGAAGGGUCCUCCAGCCUCAGAGCAGCCAGC